CAGGAGUAAACGCCGUCUGCACAAUAUGAUGAUGCAAAAGUAAGCAAGACUGUCUGGACUGACAAAUGAUUUUCAAGUGGGACUAAUCCUUCUUGCAUUCUGAUCACGAGAAGGUCAAACAAAACUUUUGGAGAUAUUGUACAAAAGCAUCGGUAAUCAUGCUCUCCCCCACCAAAGAUGACGUUUUUGCAUACGCCCUUUCCAAGACCUUGACCAAAGUUUCAUCCCCCGCAACUGUCGGACUCUACUCGUCAUGUCAGAGUCGAAUUAGAAGAAUCCUUGGGAAAAUGGAAGUGUACAUGUCGCAGGAAGCUUUGAGGAUCGAAGAGAACUACAAAGGAAAAUCCCGGCCUCGCCCAGUUCAACCUUCACUCUGUGGCAUGUUCGAGCUCAUUUGGCGAAUGCUGUUCCACAAGCCCAUUUGGACCAAAGAGAAUCAGGACCAUCACAACGUCCGCUUCAUUUUUGUCAACUUCAGUGCCUGGCACUUUGCGGGCAGUGACCUGCUGUGGGCCGGUCUUGCCAUACGACUCUUUCAAGCAGUGCAAAUCAAUUUUGGGACAUUACAGCUGGCAUUGUACCGGGUGGCCCAAUAUCAUGUUGAGGAUGAAAUCAAAAAGAAGAUAGUGGUGGCUGGUCCACAUAACUGGAGGUUCAAGAAGAUGUGUUGCUGCCCUCUGUUUGUUCUCAUCCUUUUCGGUCUGUUGGUAUACUUGGUAUUCGUCAUCCUUUUGUCAUCUGGACUUCUAAAACACGUAGGGGAACCGACCGCCAAGGCGAAUGGAACGACAAGCCACGUUAGCGUGUGGGAAGGCCUGAUCAUCGCUUCGUUUGGCGUUCCGGCCGCCAACGUCCUGAAGUUUACCUUCCUGAUGAUCAAGAAUCUCCUUUUCAACCAGGAGCGCAACAUCAAGAGAGGCAUGGACACCGAGCGGGUCAGCAGCAAGCUGGGCUUCAUGAAUCAAGUCCGGAAAGAGAUGUGGCUCCUCUCUCGCUUUGUCGAGUUCAUGGAGGUGUUUGAGAGGAGAAGAAUCAGAGUGGUCUUAAGGAUCACCAAUUUAGACCGCUGCGCCCCGCCCAAAAUUGUCUCCGUUUUGGAUGCGAUCAACAUCCUGCUGUCAGACGAGGACAGUCCGUUCAUUUCGAUUCUGGCCGUAGACCCGGAUAUUAUCGUACAGAAGGUCAACUUUGCAGAUGGCUGCUUUUGCAAAGAAGAACGGGCGUAUGCGCUGUUGCGGCGAAUUGUCACUCUGGCCUUCACCGUCCCGCCCCUCAGUGACGAUUCAAAGCUCCGUUUAUUUCACAGCUUGGCCGACGGUUCGAAAAAUCUCGAGGACAGGAGCGUGAACGAAGACAACCGCCAAACUGGAGGUUUUGAAUGGAACUCUUUAGCAAAUGCAUCUUCGGUUGUCCUAUUCGAGACAAAUGAAGCAAUUCCACUGAUGGGUAAAAGUGAGAUAGAUAUAAAAGAGGCGGAAGUCGAAAAUUGGGUCAAGAGGACGCUUGACGCCAAUGAAAGGAAGUUAAAGGAGUACAUCUUAGACGACUCCAUGUCCAUGAGGAGGGUGAUCAACUCUAUUCGAGUGACGGUGAUCAUCACGAGGGCUUUAAGGGCCGAGCUCCCUCAACCCGACCUCAUCGCCGCCUGGGUGGUCCUGGCCAAUCGCUGGCCCUGUCGCCUCAGUUGGAUCAUCCAGUGCGCCGAAGACGCUCAGCAGAGAAAUGAAAUCGAUCAGAACAUGGAGGCCGAAAGCCCCGAUUCCGAGAGCUUGUGGAAGGUUUUCAGCGAGUCCAGGGCGGAGCUUUACGUGAUGCGCUCUCAGAUUGAAGACUUACUCGACCAGGAUGGAGACCCGGAGAUGUUUGAGAGAUUUCUCAAGGUCGACUUCCACUUCACGAUGAAGGAUCUGAAGGCGCUCAGCCAGGUCACGGUGGACCUCAAUCCCUCGAUGAAGAGAGAGUUGUCUGUGAUUCGAGGAACAUCCAGGCUGAAAGAUUCCGGUUGGGUGAGGACCUUUGCUCCUUUGCCAAUCGCAGCUAUCAUCAAUAUGGAUUCAGAAGAUAUUUGUAAAGAGCUGGAAUAUAUGAAAUAUCCCAGAAAGUAUGCUGAGAUUGUAAAAAGCAAUCACAUCACUGGCUCAUCUCUGGUAUUUGGUGACCCCGAUGAUAUUAAAAAACUCCUCGACAUGACCUUUGGAGAAUGGACAACUUUCCGGCUCCGCUUCUUGGGUUUUCCACUCCAUCUUCAACCACAAUACAAGAACGUGCAUCCCCCUCAGAGCCACCUGUCGAGACUUCACCUACAUGGUUCUCCUCAUUCCUCGUCAAAUCCGCACUUGGCUAAUAGCUAGGAAUCCAGCACUCCCCUAAAAUAUUGCUCAACAUUUAUCUAAUAAAUUAUGUUGUGUGUGUGUGUGUGUGUGUGUGUGUGUGUGUGUGUGUGUGUGUGUGUGUGUGUGUGUGUGUGUGUGUGCGUGCAUGCAGCAUGGUGGUAAGAAUUGCGAUUAUGCUACCAAGUUGAUUUUGAUACCUCGUUUCUUGUUUUCAUAUCAUGACAAAGACUUUGUGCUCAACUUGAUACCAAAAACCCGUGAAAUGCUUCCUCUCCACAUUGGUGAGCAGAACAAAUGUGUUGAAAGGUUUUGGUUUGUCAGUGUUCAAUCAUUGAGGCAAAAAUACCUGCCGUGUGUGGCUUAUAAUUUGAUAUGAACUGCGACGGGAAUUUUAUGGACUGAAUAGCACAAGGUGUGCACUGACUGAUGAAGAGAAAAGCAAAUAUGAGCAGUGUGUGCUUGUGCGGUAAAAUGUAAAUGCAGUGUGUACAUUUUCAAAGCAAGCAGAAUCUAUCAACUGAUACUGUACGACACAGGUCGGCAAAUGGAAAAUCGGACCCUGAAUAAAUGAUGCUGACACA